GUCAUAUUUGUCAAGGUGUCGAUGUCGAUUGUCAAAAAUAUGGAAAGCCAUAACAGUGAAAGAAAAUACAAAUAAAUAAUCAACAAUCAUAAGUUUGCAUUUUUCGGUUGCAAAUUUAGCGCUAUAUUAAUUGAAAAAUGACUUCAGCACUAUACCUGGAACAUUAUUUAGACAGUCUAGAACAUUUGCCAAUCGAACUGCAGAGAAAUUUCAAAUUGAUGAGAGAUUUGGACUCUAGAGCACAAGGAUUAAUGAAAAAUAUCGAUUCACUAGCAGACGAGUAUCUCAGAAAUCCGAAACUGCUAUCUGCAGAUGAGAAAAAGGAACAGCUCGACAAAAUUCAAAGCUUAUUCAACAAAGCAAAAGUAUGUACCAAAUUUGUAGCAAAGGCAGUCGUUUCUACAAUUGUAGGACGGCUUUCUGACCUCACUAAUUUUCAUAUAUUUUCCUGUCCUUCAGAAAGGCGCUCUAUUUUUAGGUUAUGUUACAAAUAUCAUUGUGCACCAAAUUUUUGUUACCAAGGAGACUAGAUGGAUCUGAUAAGUUUUUUUAAAUUCAUAUAUUUAAAAGUAUGUCACGAUUAAUUAAGAUUAUUGAUAGUUACAUGUUUUAUCAGGAAUAUGGUGAUGAUAAGGUGCAACUUGCAAUUCAGACAUAUGAAUUGGUAGACAAACACAUACGAAGGUUAGACAAUGAUUUGGCAAGGUUUGAAUCUGAGAUACAAGAUAAGGCACUCAAUUCUAGAAAUCAAGAAGAAGCAACUGUAGGUAAACGAGGUAGAAAGAAGAUAAAAGACGGCAAAGGCGAGAAGAAAAAGCGUUCCGGCAAUUCGAGCGGCGACGAUUCUGCUGGAACGGUGAGGGGGAGCAAGAAGAAGAAACAAAAAGGCGCGGGAUCGGGCGCCGCAUCAGGAGGUAGUACUGGUAAUGGGGCUAAAGCUGCCUCAGUUGCGGAGGCGGUGGCUUCAGUCUUACCCAGUCUGGCAGGUAUCGCUCAUCCCAGCGAUGUUUUAGACAUGCCUGUUGAUCCAAACGAACCGACGUACUGUCUUUGUCAUCAAGUGUCGUACGGAGAGAUGAUCGGAUGCGACAAUCCUGACUGUCCUAUUGAGUGGUUCCACUUCGCCUGCGUCGGAUUGACCACUAAACCUAAAGGGAAAUGGUACUGCCCUAAAUGUAGUCAAGAUCGGAAAAAGAAAUAAUUGAAAAUUUAUUAUAGUUAAUGAUAUUUAUAUAGAUUUUAAUUAAGUUUAACACAUAUUUUUUCCAGUUCCCUUUGAUACUGCAAAGAUUGAUUCACCAUUGCUUUGUGUAUUUCGUCCAUUUGUACCUUGGUAUCACUUGCUAUAUUUGGAUCUCGUUUUUUACGUCUGUUUUUAUGACAAUUGUUUGUAAAUAAAUCGUAAGAAAUAAAAUCUGUUUUAAGUGCCGUAAAA